AUGGAGCACGUGAUUACGCAUGCUGUCGUGGACAAACCGUCCAUUGGUCAUUUUCGCUGUCAGUGGGAUGUGACGCCGUCGCCCGUUGCUACUGCCCAAUGUACAUCUUUUGAGCCAUGUGGUACAAUUGUGGUGGGCUACACUCAACGACAGAGGCACUUAUAUCGUCAUACCGGAUUACCCUACUAUGUGUGUGACAAAUGCCGUGUCUGUUUUAUGGAAAUGCCCACCUUUGAGGAACACUUCAAAUGGAGCAUUUCUGAUCAACGUGGACCCAAUACUUCAACAGACGCUGGAAAAACUUUGCCUCCCUUGGACGGCAGUACAGAACAGAUAUCCAAUCUAAAUCUUCUUCAAUGUGAACAUUGUGGGAAGAGAUUUGUUACCAAACAUGGUCUGUCCGGUCACAUGCGUUGUUGUAGAAUCAAACGACUGAGAAAAGGAGUGGUUCAUGAAACAGUGAAACCUGUUAAAAACCGUAAAUCCCACACCCAUCCUGGGAAACGCGUCGCUCAUUCGAAUUCACUAGUCACCGAGGCGGGAUGUGAACUGGAACAAGCACCAAAGCGGUACAUCUGUCCCGUCGAAGGGUGUACCUACGAAACGGAAUUGUACAGCGCCUACCGAUAUCAUUUCAAGCGAUACCAUUCAACCGUCAAUCCGGACGGUCUGUGGUAUGCUUGUCACUUGUGUUCGGAUUAUCGAACUCGUAAGCCCACAACAAUGGCCUGUCACUUCCGCACUGUUCAUCGUCUUGCCCCACCACCUGGCAGAAGACGUUUUGCCUAUCUAGAAGAUCCGAUCGAUGGUGUGUAUCGUUUGGUCGACAAACCUCCAGCACCAAAACCCAAUGUCAAACGACCUAUCUUGCCGGCUAUCACCGCUAUCUCCACGUCUUCAAACGCCCAGGGAUCAUGA